CCUGCGGCGCGGCGCGGAGUACCAUUUUUUCCGCGGGUGUUGGAUUUCGAUCAGCACCGUCACAGUCGUGCCCAUGACGCCGGGCGGUGAAAGGCAGCGGCGCUGACAACGCAUGUCGGCCCCCAGUAUGGCUUCGCUGGCGGUGCUGGGCGGGCUGAUGUCGGCCGGGCCUGGCUCGCCGCCGCCGCCCGAUGACGACGAGGAGGGCGACCAGGCGAGCCGCGGCUACCCGGACAGCUCGGCCAGCCGCUCAGAGGAUGGCUAUCUGGACGGCAGCGGCUCCGAGAAGCGUCUGUCUUGCGAGACGCUCUUGAGCGGCGCCAAGAAGCGCCGCAAGCAGUCGCACCCGGUGAAGAUCGGGCCGGGCGGCGAGGCAGAGCCGGAGGUGCCGCCGCCGGGCGAGGCAGAGCUGCCGCCGCCCCUCCGCUGCCCCUACUGCCCGCAGGCGUUCCCGCACCAGGUCCAGUUCAAGUAUCACAUCGAGGUGGAGCACGUGAGGAGGGCGCUGGCGGACGACGCGCCCGCAGAGAGCGUGAUCUUCGGUCGGGAGCUGCCUCUGAACCUGUCCUCCGGUCCGAGACAUGACGGGCUGCGGGGUCAGGAGAGCAAGCACCAGGCGGAGAAUUACAGGUCAGAGCACAGCCUGCCGCCGGCCAUGCCACUGCCUCCAUCGUUUCAGGACAAGUUCCCCGCUCCCGAGUUCCUGCAGUACGGGCCGCCGCCUUUCCUGCUGUCGUUCCUCUCGCAGCAGGCGGGCGCCGCGCCGCCGACUCCGACUCCGGGCGAGUCGCCGCUGAAGAUCUUUAACCCUGAGGCGUACUGCGAGCUGUGCAACAAGGAGUUCUGCAACAAGUACUUCCUGAAGACGCACAAGGCCAACAAGCACGGUGUGUAUUCGGAGCCGGCGAGCGGCGGCGCCGGUGGAGGCGGCCCGGCACCGGCGGGGGUGGGCGGACCGCCGCCGCCGCCGCCGCCGCUGCCGCCGCCCCCCGGCGCUCACCACUCACCAAGCGCGGAUUCUCGAGACUCGGGUAGGCCCUCGAGCGAGGCGGAGGCUGUGCGGCCGGCCGGCGCAGCCCACCCGGACGCCUUCUGCGAGCUCUGUCAGAAGGAGUUCUGCGACGCUUACUACCUGCGUCGACAUAAGCAGCGCGUGCACUCCGUGGAGGGGCGCGAGCCACCACCGCCACCGCCGCGGCCGCCGCCCGGGGCUCCGCCAGAGGCAGGCGCCGCCGGCCAGGGUGCCGCCGACCCGUACGACGCGCAGCAGUUGUUGGAGCCGGUGGUGUCGCCGACGCUGCUGCAGCAGCUGAACACAGGCGAAACCCACGACCACCAGAAGGUGAUCCAUGAGCUCAUGGAAAGGCUGGCGACGAACGGCGAGUCGCCGAAGAAUUUCACCAAGGAACAACUCCGCGAGAUUGGUGUCGUCAAUGUUGACGCGUUCUGCAACGUUUGCUGGAAGGAGUUUUGCAACAAAUAUUUCCUGAAGGUGCACAAGUACAGGAAGCACGCCAUCGGGUCGCCUCCUCCGGAGAUGGACAGGCACAACGGCGCGUCCGGCGGGCACGAUUCCAUGGCUUGUCCGCCCCUGGAGAAGCUGCUGGACGCGCCUCUGAAGGAGAACUCCGAGCCGAAGGAGUGCGACCUCUGCCAGAGAACCUUCCAGAGCAGCUACCUAGUGCAGAUGCAUCGGUACUACUUUCACGGUUCGGGACACCCGAACAGCCACGGCUCGAUGCCACCUACGCUCCCUGGGAACGCGCCGGCUAAGAAUUCCCCGUCCGCCGACCAUAAAAAGAAGGCGCACUUCAGUGACGAUCUGCAGAAGCUGCAGGGCAUGAUCAAAGGCCUAAACGACAAGAAAGGCGGACACGCGGCGGUUGCGUGUCACGUGUGUGGCAAGAACGUCGACAGGCAGGCCCUGCAAACCCAUUUGAUGAAUGAGCAUGGCGUGUUCCACAACCAAGAAGAGUUGAUCAUUCCAAAGCCGCCGACCUCAUUAUCAUCUUCCAAACCUCAGAGCAACAAGGACUCCAGAGAAGCCUCGAGCCCCCCACCCCAAGGCUCAGAGACGGUUUGCAGCGUUUGCAAGAAGGACUUCUAUGCUAAAUUCUUCCUCCAGCAGCACAUGCAAGCGGCCCACGGAAUCCAAGCGUCGCCAAUGAACGAGACCGCAUUUCUCGCGAGGAUUCGACUGGAGGUGGAGGGCCAGAAGAAGUUGGAGCGACCAAAGCCAGCCAGCACCAGCCGUAGCUACUGCGAGAUCUGCAACAAAGAACUCUGCAACAAGUAUUUUAUGAAGACCCACAUGAUCAAGAUGCAUGGAAUCAAUAUGGAGAACCACCAGAUUCAAGGUGGCGUCAAGUGUGAUGUCUGUCAGAAGGAGCUCUGCAGUAAGUACUUUUUAAAGGUCCAUAAGCAAAACACACAUGGUAUCUACGAUCCGGAAGACGACAAGGCGCUGAAGGCAAGCGAUGCCGUCAUCAAAGACGAGGAAGGCCUGGAGGUGUGCACUGUCUGCAGCGGCAAGUUCAAAACGGCCAAGCUCCUGGAGUCGCACAUGGCAAGUGAACACGGCGCACCGAAGGAGAAGAAGCCCAAGUCCAGCUCGGUGCCGCGGAGCGCACCCGGCAUCGGCGUAACCUGCAGCCUGUGCGGCCGCUGCUUCCCUGACCUGCUGUCGCUGCGACUGCACGCGAUGCAGGCCCACCCGCUGCCGGAGCAGAAGGGCGAGAACAACGGCACGGCGGGCGAAGAGACGCCACUGGAACCGGCCCAGCUGGGCGAGAAGCUGCUGCGGCACCCGUUCGGCCCGUUCGCCGGCCCGUUCCCGCCGUUCCUGCCGCCGGAGCGCGUCAUGAGCCUUCUGCCGCACCAGCCGCCGGCGCUUGCCGCGAAACACGCCUCGGCUGCCGCCGGCGGCCGGCGGUACCGCUGCAAGCCAUGUCGCCUGAGUUUCCCGCAGCGUCACCGCUACCUGAGCCACUGGCACCAGAAGCACGGUCACAGCCGCCUGCCGUACGCGGCUAGCCUGCUGCGCGGCUACCUCAACCGCAACUAUCGUUGCACGCGUUGCGGCUUCAGCUCGCGCAUGCGCAGUCUGGGAGCUUCGGGAAAAGACCGAACUGCGCCUGACGCUACUGCCGGCGUAGGCGACCGCCAGCUGACGAUGGUGGCGGCAGAGAGACAAUGCGAGGGAAUCGAGAGUACGGAGUGUGACCGCAAACCGGAGCUGUUUACAGAAUGUAAUCGCGAGCCGGAGCUGUUAACGGAGUGUGGCCGCGAGCCGGAGCUGUUAACAGAGUGUGACCGCGAAACGGAGCUGUUAACAGAGUGUGACCGCGAACCGGAGCUGUUUACAGAGUGUGACCGCGAACCAGAGCUGUUUACAGUGUGUGACCGCGAGCCGGAUCUGUUAACAGAGUGUGGCCGCGAGUCGGAGCUGUUAACAGAGUGUGGCCGCGAGCCGGAGCUGUUAACAGAGUGUGACCGCGAACCAGAGCUGUUUACAGUGUGUGACCGCGAGCCGGAGCUGUUUACAGAGUGUGGCCGCGAGUCGGAGCUGUUAACAGAGUGA